AUGGGUGAUCUUCUCAGCCAGUUCCACGGUAGUUUGGACAUACUCCGCUGGGAUAAACACAGUCCCACAGUUAUCGGCAAUCACAUAAUCAUCCUGGCAAACGGUGACGCCGUCGACCUGAACCGCCGUACCGGCUCCAAUCUGUACCAUCCUCUUACGCCCACUGAUCAUCGUUACAUUCCGGCCGUAAACGGGAUAUCCAAUGUCGCGGCUACCAUCAAUGUCCCGACACACGCCACCGCCGGCGAUAAUGAGGAUGCGGUCGUCGGUCGUGACUGCGUCUAUGACCGGCGCGAAUGGGUGGGCUGUCGCGCUGGUGUCUGUCUUAGGGCCAACUUUCACUGUGCUAGCGCGGCCAACGAUCUUUGGGCAAUUCCAGAGAGGCCGGAGGCCGUUGAUAUCAGGCUGGUGCCGAUGCUGUGCAUCCUCUAUUUGAUCUCACAUCUAGACAGAGCCAAUAUCGGCAAUGCAAAGAUCCUGGGGCUAACGGAAGAAUUGAGCUUGAGCGGUAUGCAGUAUAAUAUUGCUCUUAGCCUUUUUUUCAUUCCCUACGUUCUACUAGAGGUUCCGAGCAAUAUUUUGCUGAAGCAUUUCACUAGGCCCUCGGUCUAUUUGGGUACCCUGAUUGUCACCUGGGGAAUUAUCAUGACAUUGACUGGCGUCGUCCGAAAUUUCGGCGGGCUAUUGACAAUGCGAAUAUUGCUAGGAAUCUUCGAGGCCGGGUUCUUUCCUGGUUCAGUCUACCUGUGUUCGCGCUGGUAUAUGCCCAGAGACCUCGCCACCCGGGUUGCCGCAUUCUUCUGUGCAAGUGCUCUCUCCGGCGCCUUUUCCGGUCUUCUUGCGGCUGGUCUUAGCAAGAUGGAUGGCGUUGGUGGAUAUUCGGGCUGGCGUUGGAUAUUUAUAAUUGAGGGUUUGGCUACUGUUGUCUUGGGGGGGUUGACAUUCUUUUUGCUAGUGGACUCCCCGCAACUAUCUGCCAAAUGGCUUGAUCAGGAAGAAAUCCGGUACCUAGUGAUACAGGAAUUCAUCAAGGAAGGAGGGCAGUUCAAGGAGGAGAAUACGAAGACAUCGUGGAAAGACGUCGGGGCCAUGAUGCUGAACUGGAGGAUAUAUCUGCUGUCCUAUAUUAUGCUGUGCCAGUCUGCCUGCAACUACGGAACGAAAUUCACUCUUCCGACCAUUACAAAGGCAAUGGGCUUCACCAGUACCAACGCGCAGCUGAUGACCGUUCCGCCGUAUAUUGCCGGCGCCAUAUCCGCAGUGCUGUUCUCCAAACUGUCAGACCGAUAUUACUGGCGCAUGCCAUUCGUUGCAGCACCCCUGCUCCUCAUCAUCACAGGGUAUGCGAUAAUAAUGGGUCUCAAGGGCCGGCUGGAAGCCAACAUCGGGCCUGGGUAUUUUGCAAUCAUCGUGGCUUGUAUGGGUAUCUACCCAACCUACCCAGCCACAGCAUCAUGGGCAAUGAACAACCUAGCACCCUCAAAGCGUCGCGCGAUCGGUAGUGCGUUCAACAUCUGCAUGGGUAAUACCGGAGGUAUUAUCGGUAGCUACAUGUAUCUUGAUAAGGAGGCCCCGACCUAUCCUACGGGUUUUGGGCUGUCGUUGGCUUUUGGUGGAUCGGCUCUUCUGGUAGCUGUUAUUCUCGAGCUGUCCUUUAUGUAUUCCAACAAGCGCAAGGCUAGGUUGACUGAGAUGGAGAUCCGUGAGACGUAUACUGAUGAGCAGUUGCUGGCAAUGGGUGAUAAGUCUCCGUUCUUCAAAUACACGCUGUGA